AUGUAUAUUUCAAUAUUCAUAAUUCAAAUUUUGAAUGUUGCCUUAGCAAGUAAAAUAGAUAUGUUAAUAAUUGUAGCAUUGGAUUGUUCAACAAUAAAGGGAACAGCGUUAAAUAGUUUUGCAUAUAAAAUAGAUGGGUCUGUGUAAUUUGAAUUUACAAUCACAAGUGAUGGUAAUGUGGAUUUAACAUUUCCAACUUUUUGGAAUGGAUCACCAUCUAUAUAACCUUUAAUAAGUGGAAGCACUACUUGUCGAGAAGUAAUAAUAUUAAAGAUUAUAAAGACUUCAUUAAAUAUAGGAUGUACAUAGUAGAGUCAAAAGUUUACAUGUCCAUUAAUAGCAGGUAAUAUGAUAAUUCGAUGUAUAAAUGUAAGAGGACCACAUACAAAUAAAUAGAUAGGAAAUUUCAAUAUAUAAUUUGCUUCUUAAUCAUGUGAUAACAUUCAAAUAAAGAGUUUUUAACCAUAUGGGGGUUCAGUUGCAUUUUCAUCUAAUUCAACAAGUGGUUUAUAUCCAAAUACAGAUAAAUUAUAAAUGAUUUGGGAAAAUAUAGUAUUACCCAUUUCUUUUAAUUAAAAUCCAAGAAUUGAGAUUUCAAUAUUAAGCAAUGGAGAGUUUGUAACAACAUCAACAGUGAAAGGUUAUGUAUCAGCAACAUCAAUUGGUUUAUUAGAAUCACUAACUGUGAGUACUCCAAAUUUGAUUAAAGCUUAAAUGCCUCAAUAAAUUGCAAUUAAGGAUGUUUCAAUUAAAUUAUAUAUGGAAUCAUUAAAAGUAAUGGGAAAUACUUAACCUAUUUAAUCUUAGAUUGAUUUCAAGGAUUCUAAUGAUGUAUUGUAAUAUUAGAUAGUUUUUCCAACAAUUUCAGUUUAAAAUGAUUAAUUAUCAGCUAGUUUAAAGAUUGAUUCAACUGAGAUUAACAUUUAUACAAAAUAUACAUUUAGUAUAACAAUCAAAAAUGCAUUGAAUUCAGCAGGAUUUGUUAGAAUAGCUUUAGCAAAUACAUUAUUAUCUUCUGCUCUUAUUUGUUAUUGUGAUAAUUAAGUAGCUAUUCCAAUCAUCACUUCAGAAUAUAUUGAUAUAGGUGGAUGUUUAACUACUGUUGGUACUCAUAAUAUUGCAAUUUAAAAUGUAUUAAAUCCAUUAUCUACUAUUUCUACUAUUACAAUUUCUUAUAUAUAAACAAUGUAGAAUGGUUAUUCUGUUGAUAGAAUGAUCAACUUUUUAUAUUCAUCACCUUCAUUCACACCUGGAAACUUGAAUGUUUAAUAUGAAAGAUAAGGAUCAAAUUCAGAUAUUGUUGGGGAUUAUUCAUUUUUCAUUUUAAAAAUCACACCCAAAAAUAAUAUUCCACCUUUAGGAAUAUUAAAAAUGGAAAUCCCAUAAGAAAUCAAAUUUAUCAAUCAAAAUACAUAAACUUGUAAUACUGAUAAUGAAUAUGGUUGUCAAAUUCUAACUAUUUCAGAUUAAGUAUUAGAAUUUAAAUUUACUAAUUCUAUUGACAAUUCCAAAUUAUUUACUAUUAAUUCUAUAUCUAUCCCUAUCAGAAAUCCAUUUGAUACUAGUUUAACCAAUAAUUUUAAAUUUUCUACUUAUGAUUAAUUCAAUACUAUUAUAGACACCAUAUCAAAUGUCUAAGGAUAUUCAGUUAAUACUAGAUCAUCAUUUGAUGGAUUAGUAAUUAUUGAAUCAAAUCAACCUUUUAAAAAUGGAUAAUCCAAUACAUUUUAUUUUACUAUUAAAAUUAAAACUCCUUAAUUUUAUCCUAUUUAAAUGACAGUUAAAGUUGGUGAUUUAACUAUUAAUAAUAAUCCAUCAUGUUAACUUGAAGGAGCUGCCAUCAAAACUUGCACUAAAAUAUCAUCUAAUUAAUUAGAUGUAUUAAUUGAAAGUACAGACUCAGUCUUAUUACCAACAACAUUAAAGUUAACUGUUUCUACUAUCAAAUGCAAGGAUACAAUGACAAAAAGUUAAGAUUUCGAAUUUUCAACUUAGUCCCUAAAUGGGUUUAUGAGCUAUUAAUAAGGACCCUUUAUUAGUAAUACAUAAUUUGGUGAUAUUACAUAAACUUCAUUGCAAGUUGAUUAAUAGUAUUAUGGAGCUACAAGUGCAGUCUAUUAAUUUAAUUUUGCUUUACAAAAUCGAUUGGCUGAAGGUAGUUAUUAAAUUAAUAUAUUCUUUCCAUUUAAUCUUCCUUCCUCAGGUUAUUCAUGUAAAGAUACAUCCAAUAACAAAUUGGAUUGUAAUGUUUAAUCUAAUAAUAUCCUAGUUUUAACUGGACCAUUUGACUCCAAUCAAUUACAAUAUAAUGUAAUAGUGAAUGGAAUCUAAACUCCUCAAAACGAAUAAUAACCAAGAACAUUUACUAUUAAGACUUAUAGAAAGAUUGACAAUUCUCUUUAUUUAGUUGAUAGUUCACUUAAUGGAGCUUUCUAAUUUAAUAUACUUUGCCCAGAAUCGAAUAAUUGUAAAACUUGUACAAUUAUAACACCUGAUAAUAUUUAAUGUUAAACUUGCUAUACAUCUAUAGUAUCUAAAUUCAUUUAUAUGAAAUCCACUACUUGUGUAGAUAACUGUGGAGAUGGAUAUUAUUAAAAUGAACUAGAAUUUUCAUGUUAAUAAUGUCCUAAAAAUUGUUAAAGUUGUUAACCAAUAAAUAAUAUUCUAACUUGCGAUAAAUGUUUUGCUAAUUAUAAGUAUUAAGAUAGUAUAUGUCUUGAUAAAUGUGGAGAUACUUAUUAUUUACCAUUAACAAUAAUAGACAAAUGUGAAAAAUGCGAUAGUGAAUGCAUUUUAUGUUCAAUGAAUUCAUCAUAUUGUUCUAAAUGUUAACCAAAUAUACCUUUAUAUGAUUUUAAAUGUUAUAAAAAUGGAUGUCCAAAAGGAUAUUAUUAAUCAUAUAACUCAAAUAAGAUUCUAGUAUGCGAAUUAUGUCCAGCUACUUGUAUAAGUUGUAUUUAGAAUGAUUAAUGUACUGAAUGUCAACCAGGUUAAUAUUUUUCAUUAGGAACAUGCAGAGCAGAUUGUCCUUCUGGUUAUUUUAUAUAUGAAGAAGCUAUGCAAUGUAAACCAUGUAUUCCAGGAUGUAAUUAAUGUUCUAAUGAAACUACUUGUGUAAAAUGUUCAGAUGGAUUCCUUUUAAAAUAAUAAUCAUGUGUAUUAACAUGUGAAGAAUAAUAUUAUGUAGAUAUUUCUCAAAACUCUUGUUUAAAAUGUAAUUAAAAUUGUUAAACUUGUGAAUUGAAAGAUCAAAAACAAAUUUGCCUAUCUUGUGUCAAACCAUAUUAUUUUUCUAAUUUUAAUUGUGUGUAAUAAUGUGAAUCAAACUAUUAUUCUAUAAAUCAAGAAUGUUUUUAAUGUUCAUAAAAUUGUCUUACAUGCAAAGAUAAUUCAUAAACAUGUACAUCAUGUUUAGUUUAAGGAGAUACACCAUUAUUUUUAGAUGGAACUAUUUGUGUCUCUAAAUGUUCAGAUUCUUAUUUCUCUGAUCUUACAAGUGGAAAAUGUGUAUAAUGUCCAAGUUCUUGUACUUAAUGCACUUCAUUAACGAAUUGUACUCAAUGUAAUUAAUCAUCAAAUAUUCGUUAUUUGAUUUAAGGUGUUUGCAAAGAAGAAUGUCCAAAUAAUUAUCAACCUAAAGGAUUACUUUGUGAAUUAAUACCUGAAUAAGUUAUUAAUAACUUAGGACCUAAUAGAUAUAUUCCAGUUCCACAUGUUAUAUUAUUCACAUUUUUUACAAUCUCUGUUUUAGUAUCAAAGUAAUACAAAAGUGAAACAUACAUGCCAGGAUCUAUUUUAGGAUUGAAUGCUCCUCUUAUAUUAUCAUCAUGGUUAACUCUUUUGUUUUUAUUACAUAAUUAUUAUGAAUACUUAGAUAUGUAUUACUUUUGGAUACUAGCUGUAGGAAUUGUACUUAAUCUCAUAUUUAAUAUUGUUCACUUUAUUUUGGUUUAUUCCAAAAUUUGGAUUGAUUAAGAUUUCAUUAGAUGGUAAGCUUCUUAAAUUAAAAAUAAAGUUACCAAUUAUAUCUUGAUUUCAUUUUCUAUCUUGUUAGCAUUUCCAUUAUAUAAACUUAUUAUGAGUCGAUAUUUUGGUUUCUCCUUUUUUAAAGCUAAAAUGAUUGACAUCAAACCAUUUUUUUCUUUUAAUUGCUUAAAUGGAUUAUACAUUACAUUUGUUAAUAUACCAAUAAUCAUAAGUUGUGCUCUGAUUGCAUAUAAUGAGUCUUCACUUAAUAGUUAGACUUUUAUAAGUGCUAUUGAUUCACUUAUUGUUACUUUUUGCAACAUUUUAUUGUUGAUUUGGGAAACUUAGAAAGGGGAAUAAUUUUUUGAUGAAUUUGUUUAAAAUUAUUAUUUGAAUGAAUCUAAAUAAAAUUUUGAGAAACAUGAAAUUUCGGGAUACUUUCAACAUCCCUUUGAUUAGAAAUCAUAAUUUGAAUAAAAAAUAGAUAUCUCAGAUUUAGAUGCUUAGGCCGUAAAUUAAGAAAAUGAUAUUACUAAAUAGAAAUCACAUGAACAAUCAUAAGAAUAAUCAUGUAAUUUAAAUGGGAUUAGUAUAAUUUUGAGUGAUAAGAAUUCUAAUCCAGUAUUUUAAUAAGAUAGUCAAAGGUCCUAAUAAUUUCCAUAAAAAUAAUAAAAAUAGAUAGUGCCUUCUAAUUUAAAACAUACUGUUUACUAUAAGAAUAUAUAAAAUAAUAAUUAAGAGAAUCCUGACGAUGAACCUCCUUAUGCUUCUCCAGGAUCUGACAAUUUCAGUUCUAUCAAAUCUUAAACUAGUUAACAUUGUUAGAAUACUUUUAAUGAAUAAAGUUAAAGUCACUUAAAGGAUAUAAGUUAAAUUGACGAUUCCGAAGAACCUCAUGAAAACAGUUAAUUAUCGAUAUUUGAUGAGGAAAAGAAUAAGAGUCCAUCAAAAUAAUAAAAAGUUUUAUAGUUAUAAAAAGUUUAAGAUUAUCCUCCUGAUCAUUUUAAUAUCAUUACUACAUUUGAAAAUGAUAAUGAAAAUGAUUCUUAAUAAAUUAAUUUAUAAGUUGAAAAAGCUGAAAUUUCUAUCAAAAAGAAUUAAUCGGAAAUGUUAAAUAUUUAAGGAGAUAAUAAUCAAUAAUCGAAUCGUAAAUCAUCAUAAUCUAAAAAAGAAAUAAUAUAAUCAUUAGAAUAUUCAUAAGUUUAAUCAUAAUAACUUGCCAAAUCAGCUUAAUUUGCUAAUGAAUAAAAUAGAGCAAUCUCAUUAUCACAUAAAUCUAUUAGUCGAGAUUCUUUUAGUAUAGAGACAAACAAAGCAUAGUAAGGAUAAUUUACAUAAUAAGUUUCUAUUUAAGAAAAACCAUUAUCUUAAUCAUUUGUAUAUUAAUAUAAGGAAAUAGAAUAACAAUAAUAAUAAUAACAAUAAUAAUAGUAAUAAUAACAAUAAUAAUAAUAAUAGUAAUAAUAAUAAUAAUAAUAAGAUAAUUUAUCAUCUAUUUAAAAAGCAAAUAAAGCAUAAAGUGAUGAUUUUAAUGAAAUCAAUAAGCAAAACAUUGAUGAUUAUCCUUCGAUUCCUUCUAAUUAAUUUAGACCAAAAAUAAAAAUAAAUGAUUUAAAAGAACCUUCACAUCAGAGUUAUUAAGAAGAUGAGAUUGAUAAUUUUUAAUUAUAAAUUGGUGUUCCAGAUUAAUAACCAUAAUUUAAUACAGAGGAAUCAAAGGAUUAGAAUAAGAUUUAAAUUUUAAUGGAUAGCAGAGCAAUAGAAGAAGAGGAUUAAGAGAUAUUUUAAGAUUAAAUAUAAAUCUAAUAAAUAAAGCCUAAGCCAUAUAAGAUGAAAGUGGAGAAUCGACAUAAGAAGACAAUGAGCGAGUAAAUAAAAAAAGAGAAAUAGGAAAGAGAAUCUUAAAUAAAGAAUAUAUUUGAUUCUAAUGAUUCAAUUCAUACAAUGUCUGAUUAAGAUUGGGGUGAGAAUUAGAUAUCUCCUUCAGAAUUUAAUUCAUUAAAUUAAAGAUUUGAAGAUGAAUAAUAGGGAUAAGAUUUUUAGAUUCAUGUACAAAGUCAUAGUAAGACACAACAACAUUAUAGAUAGGCAAAAAUAAAACCUUUAGAUUUUGAGUUUGGUGAUGAGAAUAAUGAUGAAUAAUCUUAUGCUGGAUAGGCUUAAGUAGAUUUUACAAAGAAUUAUUAGAUGAACAAAGAGACAAAAAAAUAAUAAUUAGAAAAAGUUUAUUUAUAAAGAUUAGAUAAAAAUGAUAAAAUAACAAGUGGAUCAAAAUAGUGGGAGUUUAAGAAGAAAUAAGUCAACAAAAAUCAUCCAAAAGAUAUAUCAGAUGCAUUUAUUGAUGAUUAGAUUGAUGUUGAAGAUAUCAACUUUUGA